GAUCGAUUCCCACACGCGGGUGGUCCUGUGUGUGUGCCCAUGGCCAGAGAGGUUGCUGAGCCUCACGCGCUCAACCCCACACUGUCUACGCUCGACUUUUGUAUAAGACCGACACAGCUGGUCUUCUCUGUCUCAGGGCUCCAUCCUGCUGAUUCCUUCGUAUACACAUCACCACGAGUCCUGUAAAGUCCUACUACAACCUUGCGACAGCCCCACACGCCGCGAACACUCCCCCAUUCACACAACCAACUAUCCUCACAAUGGCUCCCAAAGUUCUUGUUGUCCUUACUUCUCACGGCGAGAUGAACGGUGCCAACAAGCCGACCGGCUGGUACCUGCCAGAAUUCUCCCACCCCCACGACGUCCUCACCUCCAAGGGCGUUGAGAUUGUCGUCGCCUCCCCAAAGGGUGGUGAGGCUCCCCUCGACCCUGCCUCGGUCGAGAUGUUCAAGCAGGACGCCGCCGCACAAGAAUUCCUCAAUACCAAGUCGAGUCUGUGGAAAAACACCUCCAAGAUUAGCGAGCACCUCGGCAAGGCCUCCGAAUACGCCGCGCUCUUCUACCCGGGUGGUCACGGCCCCAUGUUCGACCUCGCCACCGACAAGGACUCGAUUGCCCUGAUCAACGAGUUCGUUGACGCGGGUAAGCCAGUCUCGGCCGUUUGCCACGGCCCGGCCGUCUUUGUCAACGUUGUCCGCCCGGACGGCAAGCACAUCCUCGAAGGCAAGACCGUCACUGGCUUCAGCAACGUUGAGGAGGACCAGGUCCAGCUCUCGCCAUACAUGCCCUUCAUGCUCGAGGACGAGCUGAAGAAGAAGGGCGCGACCUACACCAAGGCCGCCGAGCCGUGGGGCGAGAAGGUCGUCGUCCAGGACGGUGGCAAGUUCAUCACCGGCCAAAACCCGGCCAGCGGCAAGAAGCUUGGCGAGGAGCUCGCAAAGGCCAUUGGCGUUUGAGCGGUUCUUUUUCUCUUUUGGUUGUCAAAAGCAAGAAAUUAAGACAAAAGAAGAAGAAGGAGAAGCAGCGUUCUUUAUUAUUAUGGCGCUACGUCACGUAUAAAAAAAAAUAGUAUAAUGAGAUUAUGAUCAACACCCGGACAU